GCGGGGCGGGGCGUAACGCCCGGCCCCCGCUGCCGCCUUUCGGUUUCUGUCUUUUCCAGGAAGGAAAACACCGGCGAGGAUCGGGGCCGCGCCCUCCCCCACCUUCCGCGCCCCCUCCCUCUUCCCCCGCCCCCAUCGCCUCUCACGCGGAGCUGCGCGGGCAGAGAGCGCGCAGGGCAGGCGCGCGCGGAGCCGUCGGCGUGCGGGGGGGGCGGCGGCGGCGGAUCGAGGAGGGGACCCGGCACCGGGGACCGGCGGGGUGACCCCCCAGCCCCGGCUGCGCCGCGCCCGCCCCCGGCCGCGCUGCCGGCGGUAACUUCCCCUUGAGGGGACGGGCCGGGUGGGGCCGCGCCGCCGGGCCGGGAGAGGAGCGUAAAGUGGGGAAAGCCCGAGAACUUCCCAUCUGCCCGUCUGCGCCUGCCCCGCCGGGCUCCGCAGAGUCCCUCCUGAGAGAUGUCCGACGCUUCUGCUCAGUGUUGCAUCAAGGGCAGACAGAACUGAUGGUUCAGAAAGGGUUUGCUCAUCUUCUGCAACACCUCAGAAGGUCAAGAUUAGACUAACAGAGCCCAGCUAAAGAAAGAGAAAGGAACAUAGUCUUUCCUCCUUAGAAACCUGCAAUUUGUGAUGCAAAUUAAUGGCAGGGGUUGAUUGCAGCGCUUCUCACCUCGAUGUUUUCAAUUCACACUACUAAUUUCAUACUGCUAAAGCUAAAAAAGAGGACGGUAGUUUAAAGCAAGCAGGAAAGAAUUUCGUACACACCUCCAGCGAGCCCGGUACCGACUUACACUUCGUCACCACUACAUGUCCCAGUGCCUCAAGCGAUCAGGAUGGAUGAGGACGCGAUCAGACUGCCAGCACACCUGCGUUUGCAGCCCGUUUACUGGAGCAGGGAGGAUGUGGCACAGUGGCUCAGGUGGGCGGAGAAGGAGUUUUCCUUGAGGCCGAUUGAGAGCAACACUUUCGAGAUGAACGGCAAGGCUCUGCUGCUCCUGACCAAAGAGGACUUCCGAUACAGGUCUCCUCAUUCGGGUGAUGUUUUAUAUGAACUCCUUCAGCAUAUCCUGAAGCAAAGGAAAGCUCGUAUGCUCUUCACACCUUUCUUCCACCCUGGGAACUCUAUCCAUGCUCAACCAGAGGUCAUAUUACACCAGAAUCAUGAUGAAGAUAGCUUUGUCCAGAGACCUUCAAGACCAUCCGCAGAAACAGUCCACCACAACCCCCCAACCAUUGAACUGUUGCAUCGUUCUAGAUCGCCCAUCAGUAACAACCACCGUCCAUCACCAGAUCCCGAUCAGCGACCACUCAAGUCCCCUAUGGACAACACUAUCCGUCGCCUCUCCCCAGCCGACAGGGUGCCGGGAACAAGGCAUCAUCAUGAGAACAACCAGCAAGAGCCUUAUCCUCUCUCAGUGUCCCCAGUAGAAAACAACCACUGCCCGCCUCCUUCUGAGGUGCUCCAGAAGCCCUCCAGCCCUCGCCAGGAGAACACCAGGGUCAUCCAGCUGAUGCCCAGCCCUAUCAUGCAUCCUUUGAUAUUGAACCCCAGGCACUCCGAUUUCAAACCACCAAGGUUGUCUGAGGAUGGGCUGCACAGGGAAGUAAAGCCAAUCAACCUGUCCCACCGAGAAGAGUUAGCUUAUAUGAACCACAUCAUGGUGUCUGUAUCCCCUCCUGAGGACCAUGCAAUGCCAAUUGGAAGAAUAGCAGACUGUAGGUUGCUUUGGGAUUACGUUUAUCAGCUGCUUUCUGACAGCCGGUACGAAAAUUUCAUCCGAUGGGAAGAUAAGGAAUCCAAAAUAUUUCGGAUAGUGGAUCCCAACGGGCUGGCCCGGCUGUGGGGAAACCACAAGAACAGAACAAAUAUGACUUAUGAGAAAAUGUCCAGAGCUCUACGCCAUUACUACAAACUAAACAUUAUCCGGAAGGAGCCAGGACAAAGGCUUUUGUUCAGGUUCAUGAAGACCCCGGAUGAGAUUAUGAGUGGCCGAACAGACCGCCUCGAGCACCUUGAAUCCCAGGAACUGGAUGAACAAAUAUACCAAGAAGAUGAGUGCUGAAGGAAACAGGUGCACCACCUCUGUGGGUCCAUGGGAGAAACAUCUGCCUGGAUGGUUGGCAUGGUUUGGGAGGGGAAGCAACAACACAGAAGCAGUACUUGAGGUUGCCGCUUAGCUUGAAAACCACACAGGACCUGAAGCACCUUAACAAAACAAACUAACAGGCAGAAGUGGUGCUGGCAGAAAAGCAAAGGGGAGAAAGCCUGGACUUGUGCACUACUUCACUGUUCCUACAAAGUCUCCCUUGAGUUCUUUCCUUUUUUUUUGUUGUUUGUUUGAGUUGGGGGGGGUGUUAUUGGUUUUUUUUCCCUAAUAAACAUGCAGUUUGACUUUCCUUAUCUUA